AUGUUCAAGCAGCACCAGGCGCUGCAGGGGCCGGCCGACCGCUGGCUGCCCAGCGACGAGCCGCCGCCGGCGUGGGCGGGCGGCUCGCGCGUCGCCACCUACAACCCGGCGCAGAAGCUGUUCCGCUGCGCCGACUGCGGCUGCGUCGGCUUCCUGGCGCGCGUCGCCGAGCACUGGCUCGGCUCGCACGCCAACCUGCGCGUCUUCCACUGCCCGCAGUGUCCGUACUCGAGCGCGUGGGCGCGCUGCGUACGCACGCACCUGACGCGCCAGCACGCCGUGGCGCCCGCCGACGCCGACGCCGCACUCUUCGCCAACAACCCGGUGCUCGAGGAGGUGUCAAAGUUCCUGCACCGGCUCAAGGCGCGCGCCGAGGCGGCCGCCGCUGCGGCCGUCGCGGGCGGACACCCUCCGCCCCCGCCGCCUCCGUCGCACCACCCUCCCGCACCGCCACUGCCGCCACCGCCGCCACCGCCUCCGCCGUCGGCAUCCCAACAGCAACAGCAACAGGACUCGAGCGGCGUCAAGCGGUACUGCUGCGGCUACUGCCCGUAUUCGACGGACCGGCGCGACCUGUUCACGCGCCACGAGAACAUCCACCGCGAGGAGAAGCCGUUUCAGUGCUACGUGUGCCAGAAGCAGUUCAACCGCGCGGACCACGUGAAGAAGCACUUUCUGCGCAUGCACCGCGACUACCCGUACGACCUGAACCGCGUGCGCCGCCAGCCGGACAAGAGCCCGCCGGCGUCCUCGCCGGGCCCCGCCGCGCCGGCCGUCCCCACGCCGGGGGCGACGCCGGGCCUGCCGCACCACUACUUCGCAGCCGACCGGCCGGGCGCGCGGCCGCUGUCGGUGCCGCCUCCGCCGCCGCCGCCCACCGCCGCCCACCCGCCGCUGCACGCGCUCGACGUGCCCGCCGGCUUCCCCCCGCCGGUGCUGCGGCCGCCGACGUAUCCCCCGCCUCCACCCGACUGCGGCGGCAAGCGCGCCGGCUGCGCCGCCAAGUCGCACGCUAGCAAGAACAAGAAAAACGUCGACAAGCGCUACUCGUGCUGCUACUGCUCGUGGUCCGGCGUCGACAACUGGUGCCUGAAGCGACACCUCAACACGCACCUGAAGCCGUUCGUGUGCGCGCUGUGCGACUACAAGGCCGCGCGUGCCGAGCGGCUGGCGACGCACGUGCUCAAGGUGCACAACAAGCGCGCCUGCGGCAAGUGCUCCUUCCUCGCCGACGACCAGGCGCAGCUGGCCAUCCACAGGCAGGAGCACCACCAGCACCAGGGCGCUGCCCCGAGCAACCACUUUGGCCUGCUAAAGCGCGAGCAGCAGUAUGAGCUGGGUCUGCCGCUCCACGCCUUCAGCGCGCCGCGGUCCGCGCCCAAACAGCAGCACUUCGGUGCGGCGCGCCUCUUCCACUACAUGGAAGCGUCCGACACCUCCGACCAGGACGAGGAGGAGGAGCCGGUAAGCUGCUCUGCCCAGCGGCCUCCGCCGCCCGUCGGUUGCCGGCAGUGCGGCUGCGAGUUCGCAGACGUCAACUCGCUGCAGACGCACCAGCUCGUCCACCACACGGCCAAGAGCGGCGCGCCCGAGGCAGCCACGGACACUGCCACCGCGAAGAAGCCGUGCACCAAACCGCUGCCCUACCGCUGUAGCGUCUGCGAGUGCAGCCUCGCGUCACAGGCACUGAUGCUGGAGCACAUGCGCAUACACAACGGACGCCUGCUCGCCUGCAAGGAGCACGGCUGUGCCUUCGUCACCCCGCUCGGAGAGUCAGCACUCAGGGACCACUCCAAAAUGCACUCCCCUUCUGUCGGCAAUACUCUCGUCUGCUGCCCCCACUGCCAACACCCGCUGGACUCUGUCGAAUCCCUACAGCGGCAUAGGCCGCUUCACCACUUACCUGAAACCCCCUGCGAUCUCUGUGACAGUGUUUCCCAAAAGCUUCGCCACUGCCCACCACUCUCUGCCACUGCCUGCUGUGGAUCUGGCUGUGUAGACCUAAAAACUGGAACUUCCCUCAACUGUUCGUUUCCAAAAACUGACCAAGCUACAGCUGGCACGAAACGUUCUCGGAAGCAGAGGCAGCCCAGACGAGUUGUGGCGAGAGGAGAAGACGCGUCGGAAAUUCGCGUCCUGAAACGCUCGGCGUCUCCGAAGCCGCGGUCUGCCAAGUGGAGAACUCUCGGCGCCAGUCGUACCUUGUGUCAACUCCGAGAGAAGUAUAUGAGCGGACUCCUCUCCCGCAAGAGGAUAAGGUGCAGCUGGUGUCCGCAACAGGCGCCACUGUUCCCCUACCACACGCCGGCCACACUGGCUCUGCACAAUUCGUGGCGCCAUAGCAUUCGCAAGUUUGAAUGCGAGCACUGUAGUGAAACCUUCCGCCACCGCUACCAAGUGAUCAUACAUUCCAGCCGGGAACACGCCGCAGUAAGCGGAAACGGACCGGAAGGGAAACCGGUGGAGGACGUUUCACAGCAGUCUGGACCAGAAAGUGGAUGUCAAGGUGGAAAGGAGCGAAUGACUGUAAACACUCCCGCUUGCCCUCUGGCGGAACCCACAUUUCCUAGCAUGAAUGUACCUGAUUCUCUGAGUGAAAAUGUGCCAAUGAUAACGAAAGAACUCUGCAAUGGAGAUAACCUACGCAGUGUCCAAAGUUAUACAAAAAACUCCAUUUUAAAUAUUCCACUGCCGCCACCCAUUAUGGCAACGUCGUCUUCGGUAUUGUGACCAUAUUACUUCUCUUACUAGGUUACAUCGUUUCACUCAAGGGUUA